AUGGCUCCUCCAAGUGUUCUCAUGGUCGGCACGGGCGAAUACACCACUGGCUUCGUCGGUGGUGGUGCUUCGGGCUCAGACAAGAAGGUCGGCGUGGUCGGAUUGACCAUGUUUGAUUUGCGACGGCGAGGCAAAGUCGGGAAAUUGAGCAUGGUCGGCGUGUCUGGACGCAAGUUUCCUGCUAUUAAACAACACCUUCACAAAAACAUCUCCGAAGUCUACAACGGCCUCGACGUCUCCUUUGAAUCAUUCCCAGCCGACGACCAGACAGACCCAGACGCCUACAAAGCCGCCAUAGACGCUCUCGAACCAGGCUCAACAAUCACUAUCUUCACACCCGACACAACCCACUACCCCAUCGCACUGUACGCCAUCCAACGCAAAAUCCAUGUCUUGAUCACCAAACCCGCCACAAAACUUCUCGAAGACCACUUGAAAUUGCUUGAAGAAUCACGCAAACACGGCGUCUUCGUCUUCAUUGAACACCAUAAACGCUUCGACCCUGCAUAUGCCGAUGCACGCGCCAAAGCCCAAAAGCUGGGCGACUUCAACUACUUUUACAGUUACAUGAGUCAACCCAAAUUCCAGCUUGAGACUUUCAAGGCCUGGGCCGGUAAGGACAGUGAUAUUUCAUAUUACCUCAACUCGCACCAUGUCGAUAUCUGCGAGAGCAUGGUUCCGGAGUAUAAGCCUGUCAAAGUCACGGCGUCGGCUAGUACAGGCACAGCGUGGGAUUUGGGAUGUGUCGCUGAGACAGAGGAUACGAUUACAUUGCUCGUAGAUUGGAAGAAGAAGUCGGAUCCGUCGCGAGUAGCUACGGGAGUUUAUACGGCAAGCUGGACGGCGCCGCAGAAGGCGGGCGUUCAUUCGAACCAGUACUUUCACUACAUGGGAUCCAAGGGUGAGAUUCGCAUCAAUCAAGCCAAGCGUGGCUACGAUGUCGCGGAUGACGAACAAGGCCAUCUCGUCUGGUACAACCCAUUCUACAUGCGCUACGCCCCCGAUGAAGAAGGCAACUUCGCCGGCCAAACAGGAUACGGCUACAUCAGUUUUGAGAAAUUCAUCGACGCCGUCACAGCCCUCAACGAAGGACGCGUGACGCUCGAUGAACUCGACAAGAGGGGUUUGCCUACGUUGAGGAAUACGAUUGCCACCACUGCGAUUUUGCAUGCGGGCCGGAUCUCGUUGGAUGAGAAGAGGAGUGUGGAGAUUGUUAGUGAUGAGUCUGAUAAUGGUUGGGGUUUCAAAUAG